AAAAGGGGAGCGGCGAAGAGGCAGGAAGACAGGACCAUGUCGAAGGGCCCCGGGCCCGGCGGCUCCGCAGCUUCCUCGGCGCCCCCGGCCGCUACAGCUCAGGUGCUGCAGGCACAGCCCGAGAAACCGCAGCACUACACCUAUGUUAGAUACUAAAGAAGGCUUCCCCACAAUCCAUAUGCAUCUGCUUUGACUGGUGGUUUCUAUCAACCUACAAAGACUGACUUAUUGGUGAGGGCAGCUGGACAACUAUGAGAGCAACUUAGAGAAAUCCAUCUUGGGCACACUCUGUAAAGGAGCUCCUUCUCUGGAAAUAGCACCCCAGAUAAGUGCACAAAAGCAAGACACCCUCGUGGACCUACUUCCUCCCGCUUUCAACACCCCGAUGCCUGAAGCUAUGCUUGAUACUAAAGGAGGUUUUCCCACAUAUGCAUCCUCUGUAUUUUGAAAUUGCAACUAUGGACAGUUAUGGCUAAUCCUAGUAGACUGUCUUCCCUUCUUUUAACAUCUUGGAUGAAUUUGGGGCACACUAAUGUGUUAUGUGAAGAUGGAUGUUGAAUAUACUCUACAGAUUCACCCCAGCUGGCCAUCUUAAAAUAUCUCCAUGGGCAACAGAGAUAACUGGAGAAAGUUUGAGUAAAAUCAGUGCACAUGAUCAUAGGUACCUGAAGGAGUUCCGCACAGAGCAGUGCCCUCUCUUUGUGCAACACAAAUGCACUCAGCAUCGGCCCUACACCUGCUUCCACUGGCACUUCGUGAACCAGCGACGCCGCCGGUCUGUCCGCCGUCGGGACGGCACCUUCAACUACAGCCCCGACGUCUACUGCACCAAGUACGACGAGGCCACGGGCCUCUGCCCGGAGGGCGACGAGUGCCCGUUCCUGCACAGGACUACAGGGGACACUGAGCGCAGGUACCACCUGCGCUACUACAAAACUGGAAUCUGCAUCCAUGAGACAGACUCUAAAGGCAACUGCACCAAAAACGGCUUGCACUGUGCUUUUGCCCACGGCCCCCAUGACCUGCGCUCCCCUGUCUACGACAUCAGGGAGCUCCAGGCCAUGGAGGCCUUGCAGAAUGGACAGACCACAGUAGAGGGCAGCACAGAGGGCCAGUCAGCUGGGGCUGCCAGCCAUGCCAUGAUAGAAAAAAUCCUCAGUGAGGAGCCACGGUGGCAAGAAACUGCUUACGUGCUGGGAAACUAUAAGACAGAGCCAUGCAAGAAGCCCCCUCGGCUGUGCCGCCAGGGUUAUGCCUGCCCCUACUACCACAACAGCAAGGACCGGCGGCGGAGCCCCCGGAAACACAAAUACAGGUCAUCUCCAUGUCCGAACGUAAAACAUGGGGAUGAGUGGGGAGACCCCGGCAAGUGCGAGAAUGGAGACGCCUGCCAGUACUGCCACACCCGCACGGAGCAGCAGUUCCACCCAGAGAUCUAUAAAUCCACCAAGUGCAACGACAUGCAGCAGUCGGGCAGCUGUCCCCGAGGACCUUUCUGCGCCUUCGCCCAUGUAGAACAGCCAUCCCUAAGUGAUGACCUACAGCCUUCCUCAGCUGUGACCAGCCCCACUCAGCCGGGCCCUGUCUUGUACAUGCCAUCUGCUGCCGGAGACUCGGUGCCCGUGAGCCCCUCCAGCCCGCAUGCCCCUGACCUCAGUGCUCUCCUCUGUAGAAACAGCAGCCUAGGCAGCCCAUCUAACCUGUGUGGCUCCCCUCCGGGCUCCAUCAGGAAGCCCCCGAACCUGGAAGGCAUUGUCUUCCCUGGGGAGUCUGGCCUUGCCCCUGGCAGCUAUAAAAAGGCUCCUGGCUUCGAGAGGGAAGACCAGGUGGGAGCUGAGUACCUGAAAAAUUUCAAAUGCCAGGCCAAGUUAAAACCCCACUCACUAGAGCCCAGGAGUCAAGAGCAGCCUCUGCUUCAGCCUAAACAGGACAUGCUGGGCAUUCUUCCCGUGGGCAGCCCCCUGACCUCAAGCAUCUCUUCUAGUAUCACUUCCAGCCUGGCAGCCACUCCCCCCAGCCCCGCCGGCACCAGCAGCGUCCCUGGCAUGAAUGCAAAUGCUCUGCCCUUCUACCCAACCAGUGACACAGUGGAGUCGGUCAUAGAGUCUGCCCUGGACGACUUGGACCUGAAUGAGUUUGGGGUGGCUGCCCUGGAGAAGACUUUUGACAACAGCACUGUGCCUCACCCAGGCAGCAUCACAAUUGGUGGCAGUUUGCUGCAGAGUUCUGCACCCGUGAACAUCCCUGGCUCCUUGGGUAGCUCUGCCUCCUUCCACUCAGCAUCCCCAUCCCCUCCCGUCAGCCUCUCCUCACAUUUCCUGCAACAGCCCCAGGGCCACCUGAGCCAGUCGGAAAAUGCAUUUUUGGGGACCUCUGCAUCACAUGGAUCUUUGGGUCUGAACGGGAUGAACAGCAGCAUUUGGGAGCAUUUUGCCUCUGGAAGCUUCUCCCCGGGCACUUCCCCUGCUUUCCUGUCGGGGCCUGGGGCUGCUGAGCUGGCCCGACUUCGGCAAGAGCUGGAUGAAGCUAACGGCACCAUCAAGCAGUGGGAGGAAUCCUGGAAGCAGGCCAAGCAGGCUUGUGAUGCCUGGAAGAAGGAGGCUGAGGAGGCUGGCGAGCGGGCCAGCGCCGCAGGCGCCGAGUGUGAGCUGGCCCGGGAGCAGCGGGAUGCGCUGGAGGGUCAGGUGAAGGAGCUGCAGGAGGAGCUGGAGCGGCUGCACUCGGGCCCCGACCCGCAGGCCCUGCCCGCCUUCUCUGACCUGCAGGCCCUCCCCCUCUCCACGCUCUACUCCCUCCAGAAGCGGCUGCGGGCGCACCUGGAGCAAGUGGACAAGGCUGUGUUCCACAUGCAGUCGGUGAAAUGCCUUAAGUGUCAGGAGCAGAACCGAGCAGUGCUGCCAUGCCAACAUGCCGUGCUGUGUGGGCUCUGUGCUGAGGGCAGCGAGUGCCCUGUCUGCCAGCCUGGCCUGGCUCACACCCUCCAGUCGUGACCCUGCAGGCCUGGCCCCGGCCUGGCUCAGAUCUUCUCACCUGGGACUUUUUAAAGUAUAUAUAUAUAUAAAUAUAUAUAUAUAUAUAUGUAUGUAUGUAUGUAUGUAUGUAUAUGUAUAUGAUUCUAUAUAUGUAUGCAUUUCUGUAUGUGUGCAGGUAUGUGUGGGCGGCCAGUGUGUGAACAGUGUCUGUGUGUAUAUCUGUACAUAGAUAUAGACACACACUUUAAAAGACUUACCAAGCACUUUUUAAAAGAAAAAACUAUUUUGCAGUCCUCCCCUGCCCACUCUCUCUACCUUUCCCACUGCAGAGACAAAGUCCCUUCUUCUCCUACCAGCCUUUGGCAGGGAAUCUGUUUCUCUUUUUUAUGUAGGAAUUAACUAUUUUUAACUUCUUGGGGCCUGAGCAGGGAAGGGUGGGAAGCUAUAAGGGGCCGAGGGUAGGGGACAAGCCUUCAGGGCAGACCCUGCUCACCCACCUCCCCAACCCAGGGUGAGAGCCAGCGGGGUGCAGGCCUGGGGGCAGACCUGGCUCCCAGCCGUGAGGCCUGAGGUAGUGUGCUGAGGGCCAAGCCGGCCCAGCUCCUGGGUGUACCAAGUGUGUGCUCGGUGAGGGCUAGCAGGCCAGAGCUGCAGUGUCAGCCCCACUCCCAACCCUGGGGCCUUGAAGCUCCUUGAGGGGCACAGCCAGGGAGUUCUAAGAACCUCAGGUUUCUGAGGCCAGGAGUCCACCUCAGUCCUCUCCCUCUGGGCGCCCAGAGCAGCCUUCCUGGUCCCAGGGCCACCUACUGGCACUGCCCUCCGCUGUCCCUCCCACCCGGCACGGCCCUCCAUGCUAUCUACCCCCUCCCUCUGGCAGCUAGCAGGGCAGUUGGUGGGGAGGAGAUGGGGACUGUGAGGACCAAGGCAGGGCUCCGACCCUGCCCUCCUCGCCAGGAGGGGCUCCAUAUGCAUUCCUUGGUGCUCUCCGAGUGCAGCUGACGUCCUGCCCCUUUUUGGAGCAGACGCCCGUGUGCAUGUGUGUGUGCCUGUCCAAUGUAUAUUGUGUCUUAGCUUCCAUUUUAAAAAUUGUUCUGUACAGAGAGAUGCAGCAGGGGCGGGAGGGCAGAGCGGGUGGAGGGAAGCCACCCCGGUCCCAGCACUGGGGGCCUGGGGUAGGGGCAAGAGGGCUAGGAAGGGUGUGGUCCCAGCCCAGCAUCCCCCUCCUCGGGCCCAGCACGAAAGGGCUUUCAAUGAAUUAAGUGAAAACUUUUUUUUAUAAAAAUGCAAAAAACAAAGCUCCAAACCUAUUGGAAAUAAAAUAUGAACUUGCA